UGGUCGUUCGUUCAUGAAGAAGAAAAGACAAUCGCUUCCGUGUUGUUAUCGGUUGUUAUUCUGGCAAAUACUAGCUUAGUACUUGAGUCMAAGCGGGAUUGCAAGGCAGUUAUUUGGUGGUUAAACCAUUAUGGUUUUGUAGGAUCAAUACAUAGUAUAGUUUUAUUCGCCAGAAUGUCGUUGCUACAGGGCUCCAAGAAAAAGGACAAGCGUAUUUUGUCCGGUACCUGCCCAGAUCCGAAAUGCCAGGCGAGGCUAUUCUUCCCUGCUUACGGUUCGAUUAGCAUUGAAUGCACAGAGUGUGGCCAACGCCACGAACAGAAUAAUCUUUUAAAUGUGGAAGAAGUAACUGAUCCAGACGUUGUGCUUCACAAUUUGUUAAGAAAUGCCCUACUCGGUGUCACUGGGGCACCGAAAAAGGGAACAGAGCUGGUGAAAGUGAUGGGGCUUUCCAACUACCAUUGCAAGCUCCUUUCUCCUAUUCUCACAAGGUAUGGAAUGGAUAAGCAGACGGGAAAAGCGAAACUGCUGCGGGAAAUGAAUCAAGGAGAAAUGUUCGACUGUUCACUUCUAGGCGACAGGGCGUUUCUAAUUGAACAGGAGCAUGUAUCUACGGUUGGCUAUGGCAAGGACAGAUCCGGGAGCCUGAUAUACCUUCACGACACUUUGGAGGAGAUGAAGAAAGCAAACAGCAACAAAGAAUGCCUCAUUCCUGUUCAUGUGGAUGGAGAUGGACAUUGUCUUGUUCAUGCUGUGUCCAGGGCCCUGGUAGGCAGAGAACUGUUCUGGCAUGCGUUGAGAGAGAAUUUGAAACAACAUUUCAAACAAAACUUGGAUCGCUACAAGGCACUCUUUCAGGAUUUUAUUGAUGCAGCCGAAUGGGAGGACAUCAUCAACGAAUGUGACCCCCUGUUUAUCCCACCGGAGGGUGUGCCACUGGGACUUCGGAACAUUCACAUAUUCGGCUUGGCCAAUGUGUUGCACCGCCCCAUAAUCCUGUUAGAUUCACUGAGUGGAAUGAGGAGCUCUGGGGAUUACUCUGCAAGUUUUCUCCCUGGGCUUGUGCCGGAAGAGCAGUGCAAAGGAAAAGACGGGAAGUUUAACAAGCCUAUAUGUAUCGCCUGGAGUAGCUCAGGGCGUAACCACUACAUCCCUCUCGUCGGGAUAAAGAACACCCUUCUCCCCAAGCUGCCAYCGAGGCUUCUCCCCAAGGCAUGGGGAGUGCCACAGGAGCUCAUCAAAAAGUAUAUAAAGCUGGAACAAGAUGGGAGCUGUGUCAUCGGGGGAGACAGGAGCUUACAAGACAAGUAUCUGAUGAGACUGGUCAAUGCCAUGGAGGAAAUCUUCAUGGAGAAGCAUGGCAUCCACCCCUCCCUUGUGGCAGACGUGCAUCAGUACGUUUACAGACGGACUGGUGUGAUCGGCGUCCAACCCGAAGAGGUGACGGAGGCUGCCAGGAAAUCAGUCAUGGAAAACCGGCUACAUCGCUGUCUGAUCUGCAAUGCACUCUCUGAGCUUCAUGUUCUACCAGAGUGGCUGGCUCCAGGUGGUAAGCUCUACAACCUGGCUAAAUCCACCCACGGAAAGCUCAGACCUGACAAGAACUACAGCUUCCCGCUGAACAAGGUUGUCUGCUGUUACGACCCUGAGAGGGACAUCCUCAUUCCUGACUACAAGCUGAGCUCUUUGAACACAUGCAACUGGUGCCACGGCACCUCCGUGCGCCACAUCCAUGGCAACGGCUCUGUGGUGUAUCUGGAUGGAGACAGAACCAACACCCGUUCCCAGGGGGGCAAAUGUGGCUGUGGCUUUAAGCACUACUGGGAGGGAAAGGAAUACGACAAUCUACCAGAGGCUUUCCCCAUCACUCUGGAGUGGGGUGGGCGGGUCGUGCGGGAGACUGUGUACUGGUUCCAGUAUGAGGUUAAUGUGGACCUGAACAGCAAUGUGUAUGAUGUCGCCAUGAAACUGGUCACCAAGCAUUUCCCUGGGGAGUUUGGCAGUGAGCUCCUAGUGCAGAAAGUGGUGAACACCAUUUUACAUCACACUGCCAAGAAGAACCCAGACGAGUAUAACCCAGUCUCCAUUGACGGGGCGCAUGCUCAGAGGCUCACAGACGUGGUGGAAACCCAGCAGGCUGUUGUCACACAGCCACCGACUAAGAUCAUACUAACUGGGCAGAAAUCAAAGACCAUUCACAAAGAGGAGCUCACAGUGAGUAAGGCAGAGCGGAGCCUUCAGCAGAGCAUCAGCGAGCAGGCCCUAGUGACCCAGAAGAGGAGGACGGAUCGACUGAAGCAGGAGCAGAAGGGACGGGGCAGGCCACCCUCCCCAAGUGCUGCUCAGGAACAUUCCUCCUCCGCCCCAGCCACACCCACCAAAUCCUCMUUCUCCCCCACUUCCAGCAAGGAGAAGAAGAUCCGUGUCACCACUAGCGAUGGGCGGCAGGCCAUGCUCACUCUACAGGCUCAGACCACCUUCUCUGAACUCCAGAGGAGCAUUGCUAAUGAGUUCACCAUGCCUCCAGCCCAGCAAUGUAUCCGACAUGGAUUCCCACCCAAAGAACUUUUCCCUCCCAAGGAUGGAGCAGAGAAUGAACCUGUGGCUCUCCAACACGGGGACAGGGUGACUGUGGAGAUCCUGAGAGGUCCAGAGAACCGCAAGGCAUCCGCCCAAAGUGCUUCCAGUUCCUAUUCAACCCUGCAUUCCCUUCUCUCUGUGAAGAGUGAUGAUCCAGUGACUUCCAGCAGAAUGAAUACUAGCAGAGAGCUGCAGGACAACAUUGACCUUGAGAUGUCCUCCCUCUGUCUCCUAGCAACCUUAAUGGGAGAAGAUGUCUGGUCAUAUGCCAAAAAAUUGCCUCACUUAUUCCACCAAGGUGGAGUUUUCUACAACAUUGUGAAGAAAGAUAUGGGCCUGAUGGAUGGCAAGCACUGCACCCUCCCACACCUGACUGGAAAGACGUUUGUUUACAACGCAGCAGAGGAGCGUCUGGAGCUGUGUGUGGAUGCAGCGGGACACUUUCCCGUGGGCCCUGACGUGGAGGACCUCGUCAAGGAGGCCCUGGUGCAGCUCCGCUCUGAAUCUGCCUCUAGGAGUCGCGAGGGAAGCCCCUCUCACAGCCUGCUGAGGCUCGGGAGUGGAGGUGUGGUGCGCAAGAAGGAGCAGCUCCAAAGUGUCAACGCCUUCCAGGGUAAGGGCCACUCCCUKGGCAGCGCCCCAGGCGGCUCUCCCCCUGAACACAAGCCCAUCACCAGGCAGCACAGCAGCGGGGUGGAYCUGAGCGCCAGCGCCUCCAAGGGACCUGACCUGUCUGACAUCUCAGAGGACGCGACCAAGGAGUUGGUGCGCAUGGCUCCCGGUUUUGUCACCAUGAAAGACAGCCGACACCUGGACCCUAGUAUGAUCGAAGAACAGAGGAAAAAACUACARGAGAUGGUCUCAUCCAUCCAGGCCUCCAUGGACAGGCACCUGAGGGAGCAGAGCAAUGCAGGGGCAGGCAUUGGGGGCCCUGCAGAGAGGACAAGUGGGGCUAAGAUGAGUGCUUCCCAAUCUGCCCCAGGGGCAGGCAUCAAGGAGGCCUCUUCUAUGGACGUAUCUACUGCUGGUGCUCAUGGCACAUCAGUGGAGGCAGGGAACAAGCCUGAUGGAAAGGAKGCAGGGUCAGAGGAGCUGGAGGAAAUGGAUAGCCAGGAUGCAGAGCAUACCAAUGCCCUGGAGCCAAUGGAUCAUUCCUGAUGGGAAAAGGGCCUGGUCCUAUACUUUUCUCAGUCAUGAUCAUUCACCCGUCUAUCUGGUUGGCAUUAGUGUGGGAAUGCUUCAGGUUGUAUCCAAGCUUUGGUAUUCAUUGUGUUUUGUUGUCUUUACUGCAUGAUUGACAAAGAGGUUGACUGUUUCUGCCUUUGGUGACAGUCUAAUGCUAUUAUACAGAAACAUGCACUGAGACCCAAGGAGCAAYGCUGCUUCCUGUGUGUGAAAUACAUCCAUGUACAUGUCCUCCAAGUCUUAAAGGUCCAAUGCAGCUGUU